UCGGGCGACUAUUCUUUCCGGAGGGAGAAUGGAGGGAUUGGGCGGGAGAGUCCUUCCCACCCGGGGUUGGCCGGUUCCGACGGAAUCCCACGACGUGAACGGGACAGAAGACGUCCGAGGCCGAGCGGGCCCAGCUCCUCCCCUCGCGGGCUCUCCGGACCCCUGGCCCCGCCCCUCGCCACCCUCUGAUUAAGCAGCUCCCCCGCGAAGGCGGCUGGGUGCUCGCUGGAAGCCGCCGGGCUCACAGGUGCUUUCCAGGAUGCGGGCGUCCGGCCCCUCCUCUUCGCUGCUUGCCUUCGCCUCCCUGCUCCUCACCUGGCCCGGCCAAGCCUCGGCUGCCAAGGAGCUCAAGUUCGCCGUGGUAUUGUUUCGGCAUGGAGACCGGAGUCCCAUUGAAACCUUUCCUAAGGAUCCCUAUCAAGAAUCUGCUUGGCCUCAGGGAUUUGGACAACUGAGUCAGCUUGGAAUGGAAGAGCACUAUGAGCUUGGAACCUAUCUAAGGAAAAGAUAUUCCAAACUCUUGAAUUCUACUUACCACCCGAAUAAGGUUUAUAUCCGAAGCACAGAUAUUGACCGGACCCUGAUGAGUGCCAUGACAAACCUCGCUGCUCUGUUUCCACCAGAAGGUUCAAGUAUUUGGAACCCCCAAAUCCUCUGGCAGCCUAUUCCAGUUCAUACAGUCCCACUUUCCCAAGACCAGUUGCUGUAUUUUCCUAAUACAAAAUGCCCUCGAUUUAAAAAGCUUCUGGAAGAAACUUUGACAUCAACGGAAUAUCAGAACUUGAUUUCUCCAUAUAAGGAUUUUAUAAAUACUUUACCAGAGCUUUCAGGACUCCAUAUCAAGGACGCUUCUAGAAUCUGGACUCAAAUUUAUGAUCCUUUAUUUUGUGAGAAAACUCACAAUUUUACUCUACCCCCCUGGGCCACUGCAGAAACCCUAUCAAAGCUGGAGGAGCUGUCUGAAUUAUCUCUCUUGUCAAUCUUUGGAGUAUACAAACAGAAAGAGAAAGCUCGACUUCAAGGAGGUGUUCUUGUGAAAAACAUUGUCGAUCAUUUCAAGAAGGUUGCCAAUAAAACUAAUGAGAAAAAACUCAUCAUGUAUUCUGGACAUGACACUACUAUUGGUGCCCUGCAGAUGGCACUUGAUGUUUUUAAUGGAAAACUCCCCCCUUAUGCUGCUUGCCACAUAAUGGAACUACACCUUGAAAAUGGGCAAUACAACGUUGAAAUGUACUACCGGAAUGACAGCCGGCAGGCUCCUUAUCCCCUCACCCUGCCAGGCUGCACAUCGAGCUGUCCACUGAAGCAGUUUGUGGAACUGGUCUCUCCUGUAAUGACAGAAGAUUGGUCAAAGGAGUGUUUCAGCCUUAGUAAAGACCAAGCUCUGAAGAUAGCACUGACUGCCUUUUGCCUCUCGUCUGGUAUUUUGAUGGUGUUGAUGUUUAUCCUCUUCCAUUACGGACCCUGCAGAAAGAGGAACCCCUAUCAUUCUAUUUAAAAGGAUGGUUAAAGACUAGAGGAGCUAUAGUAGAUUCCUGGUAUGACAGAUCUGUUUGUGAUGCAAUCCUCAAAGAAAUGGCAUUCAUCUCAUGGGGAUAUUUCUGCCUAAACUAAUCUGUUCAAUUCUGUUUAGACCUUGAAAUGAAAUCACAGCAGUUCAAUAUCUGCCACCAGAUUGACAGCUAAAGGCAUACAUAACUUGGAAUUCUCCCACCACCUCAGAGCCAUCAACUGAGACUGACAAUUUUAUCUGGCUAGGUAGGGAGGUGGUUCCCUGACAAAGAACUUUUGUGUCUCAUACAGGUAAUAUUAUUAUGCCAUCUUACCAAGAGAUCAAAGUGAUCAGUGUAGGGCAUAUUAGAAACCCAACUUUAGAUCACCUGCUUCCCAAAGAGAGUGGAAAAAUGCAUGGCUGGACAAAGAAUAAGGGUAAAGAAAGCUAGAUAAAGAGGAAAGAUGAAAGACUAAUGUCGUAAAAGAUAGUUUUCAAGAAGUAAAGAUCAACCAUAAUUUGUAGAUGGUCUUAAAAAAAAAAAGUUAAGAUGCAGCUAGGAUAUAGAAACAGAAAAUAUAGUUUGAGUUGUAGCAACAGAUUUCUAUUUAGAAUGUUUUCAAAUCUCUAAGAAGAAAGGACUCAACUUCCUUAACUUGGAAUAUUAACCUUUUAGCUCUAGUUUCAUCGAAUGUGAUGCUAGAAAAGAAAAAGUAGAAGAAUUGGAAAUGUCUGCAAUGAGAAAACAACUAGAAAAUUCAUGGAUCAUGAUUCUGUUUGCAAGACUAAUAUUUAGGUUUUUAGUUUUAUCUGGUUUUAACAUAAGGGGUCAUGCUAUAACAAGAGUUAAGGAUGACUAUGGUUAAAUGGAAAUAUAUUUCAACUUUUGCAAAUUUCAUAUCUUGCAUUUUAUUAUUCUGUAUCUAGGCUCAGCUCUUAUUUUCUUACUGGUACAUUUCCGAAACAUAUUUCUUCAUCUUUAAAAUGAGGGGAUUGGAUUCAGUGACCACCAAGGACCCUCCUAGUUCUAAAUUUUAUGAUCCUCUGAUUUCAAAUUAAUAAAAGAUUAGCUUUGAACAAUGAAUAGAAUAGCCAAUUCAUGAAUUGGCUAAUGAUUUUUCCGUGGUGGAUAUUAAGAUGUUUAGAUAUAGUAUCCCUCUUACCUCAAGGAUAGUAGUCGAAAUAUUUUUAUGAGACAGUGAUAUAGAUAAGAGAGUGUUGGAUUAAGCCUAAAGACAUGAGUUCACAUUUUGCCUCUGAAAUCUAUUGUUCACAUCUCUGCUAGGGUUUUUGUGAAAUUCAAAUGAGAUAAUGUUGUAGAGUACUUCAUAAAACUUAAAGCACAAUGCUAGCUUUUGUAAUUCUUAGAUACUGGGAGUGUGGGAGGGUAAUCUCUUUUUCUCUCCUCUCUCAUUUCAUGAUAAAAAGAAUUCUAUUUACCAUUUCCCCCUCCCCCAAAAUCCAAUUGAGCCUCCCAUAGAUGAAAAUUAGGUCUGCCCAGAGUCAGUUCAUGGAGCUACAAUGUUGACAAAUGCUAUAAUUAUUUUUUAAGCUUCAUGGCAGAAUGAAAAACCAAUGGUGACAAAUGAUCCAUAACAAUAAGCCAAAGAGAACAAAUGCAUCCUCUAACAUUUGUCAGAACACAAACUGAUCACAUGGCUUCCAGAUCCAAUUUCUCAGAGAUGAUCUAAAUUGGCUACUCUCACAAAAGUGACUUUUUUCAGAUGCAGCCAAAAUGAUAAGGUUCUUAGGAUAUUAAUCAUCUAUCUUUGCAUCAUAAUAAAUGCUACCCACAAUACAAUCCUUGGAACUUCAGCAAGCACAAUUGCACAUUUUAUGGACAGUCCAGAUAGGUGAUUGAAUAAGAUUAGCAAUCAGUGUCAAGAGGGACAUAGGGAGAUUUUAUAAGAGGCUAGAUUGCCUAAAGUAAAAAUAUUAGGGCAUUUUUUGAGGAGAAAAAGAACUAAGUGAGACCAUUAGACAAUUAGUCUAUUUAAGACCAGAAUGAUUACUGAUGGGAAAGAAAGCUAUUUGUACCCCCAGGGUCAUUGGGAUAUUUCAGGUGUUCUAGGAAAGAAUCUUAUCAUACCUAAUCAUGUACUCAAAGUGUAACAUAACCUGGAUGUUUUCCCUUUUAUGCUAGCACCUCCUCUUAGA